AUGGAGGCGGAGGCGGCAGCAGGAGCAGGCCCGGCCGAAGGGGCCCCCCGGCCGCUGCAAGAGGAGCAGGAGGCGGCGGCGGUCUUCGCCUACCGGCCGGCGGAGGACUUGGUGUGGGCGGCGGCGGGCCAGGCGUCGCCCUUCGACCGAGCGCUGCAGCGGGGCUGGGAGGAGCGGCUGGCGCGGGGCCUCUUCCGCUACCGGCUGGGGGAGCUGCAGACGCGGCGCCUGCCCGGGCCGCUGGGGCUGGUGGCGCAGCUGAACGUGCCGCGGGGCUCGGAGCGGCGGCGGCCGCAGGAGGUGCGCAGCGUCCGGCAGAGCUUCGACCCGGCGCAGUUCAACUUCACGCACAUCCGGCCGGGCGAGGUGCUCUUCGCCCUGCAGCGGGUGGCGGCGGCCUCGUCGUCGCGGGUGCUGGUGGCCAUCAACGUGAGCCCGCUGGAGUUCGGCCACGUGCUGCUGCUGCCGGAGCCGUCGCUGGGGCUGCCGCAGGUGCUGAGCGCCGAGGCCUUGCGCGCCGGCCUGGAGGCGCUGCUGCUGAGCGGCCAGCCGGGCUUCCGCGUGGGCUUCAACAGCCUGGGCGCCUUUGCCUCCGUCAACCACCUCCACCUGCACGCCUACUACCUGCCCUGGCAGCUGCCCGUCGAGGAGGCGCCCGCCCGGCCCCUGCGCCCCGAGGCCGGCCUCUACGUGCUGGAGCGCGGCGUCCCGGCCCCCGGCCUCCUCUUCUACAGCCCCGCCGGCCGGCCCCCGGGCCCCCUGGCGCGCCGCGUCUGCCGCCUCACCGACCACCUGGCCCGCGGCGACGUGGCCCACAACCUCUUCGCCACGCGGGGCGCCGCGCCCGAGGGGGGGCCGCCGGGCGCUCGGCCGGGCCUCCGCGUCCUCCUGUGGCCCCGCCAGGCUUCCUUCGGCGCCAAGCAGGAGGCCGCCUUCAACGUGGCCCUCUGCGAACUGGCCGGCCACCUGCCCGUCAAGACGGCCCAAGACUUCCACGCCCUCUCCGAGGCCGCGGCCCUCCGCCUCAUCCGCCGCUGCCUCCUGCCCCCGCCCCGCUGGGCCCGCCUGCAGCAGGAGCUGGCCGACCUCCUCCCCCCGCCCUGCGACGGCGCCCAAGACGACUGA